AUGAAUCCAGUAGUGGAAGCUUUUGCUUUCUUCCUGGGCUUUCUGGGCUGGCUGAUGGUUGGGAUCGCCCUUCCAAACCGGUACUGGAAGGUCUCGUCAGUGGACGGUAACGUUAUCACCACAUCCACCAUCUAUGAAAACUUAUGGAUGUCCUGUGCAACUGACUCGACAGGAGUCCACAACUGCCGGGAUUUUCCAUCUUUGCUCGCACUUAAUGGGUACAUCCAGGCCUCCCGAGCACUGAUGAUUGCCGCCAUCGUGUUUGGGACGUUUGGGCUGGUGGCUACUCUCACAGGAAUGCAAUGCUCUAAAAUAGGCGGAGAGAACUACGUUUUGAAGGGAAGGAUUGCUGCGAUUGGAGGAGUGUUCUUCUUACUACAAGGGAUUUGCACCAUGAUUGCAGUGUCCUGGUACGCGGCCAACAUCACGCAGCAGUUCUUUGACCAGUUCUAUCCGGGGACGAAGUAUGAGAUUGGAGAAGGCCUGUACAUCGGCUGGUCUUCAGCCACGCUCGCCAUCUGCGGAGGCUCGUGUUUGCUGUGCGCCUGCAAACUACAGACCCCCGGUGAGAAAGUAUCGUACCCAUACCAGCCAUCCUCCAGAGGACAUGUGCUGUCAACUGUGGCAACGUCUGCACCAAGCAACUACGGACGAAACGCAUACGUCUGA